CGGGCCGACCUAGAUCGGGUCCGCUCGAUGCCGCCCGAAGCGCUCGCCGGCGCCCGCCCAGAAUAGACGCAGCACGUGCGUCGGCCGCGACACACGCCCGCGCCCGCUCCCUGCCCGGCUCGCGCUCGGCUCGCGCUCGACUCGCACCCGGCCCGCACCAGCAGCGUCCCGCUCACCGCACACGCUGUCACGCUAGACAUCUAAAGCCACGCUCUCAUAAGACAACCAUGUAACUCGUGUUGUGAUCCCCGCGUAAAUGGACGACAAAACUCAAGUCGAAACUCUACGUAAACUAUUAAUAAACUCGUUAACGUGAAAGUAUUUAGUGACUGAAUGUUUACUGUGCUCCGGAAUCGUAGUGGCCUUGCUCGUUAUCUUUUACCGGGAAAGCUUCCUGAUACCGUUUGGUUUGGUUGAUCUUUAUCUGUCAUAGAUUCGUGUUUAGCCUAUUAGCAGCUUAGAGUAAUAUAUUUUGUGAUGUAUCGUGAAGAGCCUUAUUUAUGUAACAAACACUGAAACGAUGUGCCUUAUCCUGUAAUAUUCGCGUAGUUUAACGAAACGGAACGCAAUAAAUAUUUGUAAGCGAGUGUGACUCACCGCCGCAGAUAUGCAAAGUUUCAAGUUCGUGUUAGUAUGUGCAUUACUGUUUGUACCGGAGCCUGCCCCCGCCUGGAAGGCAGACACAGUAAAAGUAUGGGCGAGAGCGCUUGGAGAUGAACUAUGGAAGUUAAGUGAAGCUCUCACAAAAUCAGAUCAAAUCAGAAUCAAAUACAAACAAAUGAAUGCGAGCGUGAAAAGUAAAAAAGGAAAACAAAUAUUGGAGUCUUCGCUUCGUUCUGUGAGCAAUAUGCUCACUCGCAAAAUCAAUGCUGUCAAGUGCAUUCAUGCGACAGCGGAAGAUUUGGCGAGAAACUUCAACUAUACUUAUGAUAGAUCUAUUCCUUAUGACUAUUGUUCAGCAAAAUAUUCAAAGUUCUUCUAUGAAGAUGAAAAUGAUGAUCCAGAUCCCGACAGUGAGGACAAACUGCCGAAGUAUGUGUUAAACAGCACACACUAUACCAACGUGUCGCUGGAGAAAGAUUCACAUUUCUACAACAUCAAUGUUAACACGAAUACCAGUUGUGUUCACGUUCCCACAAAUAUUUUUGAUGAAGAAACGAAUGCCCGGAACGCUAUCUUAUGGUCAAAGGGUCUAAAUGAUAUAUUUUUAAAAAACUAUAACUCCGAUCCGUCUUUAUCAUGGCAAUAUUUUGGUAGUUCACAUGGAAUUCUACGUUUCUACCCUGGCAUGAGGUGGAACACUAAAGAAGUAGAUACAUACGAUUGCCGUGUGAUGUCCUGGUACAUUGAAGCCGCGACUUGCUCCAAAGACAUGAUUAUUCUGUUCGAUGUCUCGGGCUCGAUGACUGGAUUUAAAAACUACGUAGCAAGAAGAACACUACGAUCACUACUGGACACACUAUCAAAUAACGAUUACGUGAAUGUGUACACGUUUAAAAACACUACAAACUUUGUAGUCGACUGUUUUGUAGACUUAGUUCAAGCAACUCCCGAGAAUCUAAAGACUUUAACUGAUACCCUUGAGCCGACGGACGAAGGAAAAACACAUAAAGUGCCCCUAGAGGGUUACGCAAAUUUGACGAUGGCGUAUAUUAAAGCUUUUACAGCACUUAAGGCGAGACGAGACAAGUGCAACGUGAGCAGUACGCAAGGUUGCAACCAGUUGGUGAUGGUGAUCACAGACUAUGUACCGGGGAACUUGACUGAAGUCUUUGACCAGUACAACCGGGAGGUCAUCGGAGGGAAGACGUUCAUCCCUGUGAGAGUGUUCACUUAUCUCAUCGGGAAAGAAGUUACUAAUGUUCGCGAGAUACAGUGGAUGGCUUGUCUGAAUAGAGGUUACUUCGUGCACAUUCACUCAGUGGAGGAGGUGCAGCAACAAGUGCUGAAGUACAUCAACGUCAUCGCGCGCCCCAUGAUCCUGGAGAACAAGGAGCCGCCUCCCACCUGGACACACGCCAAUAUUGACUCCACGCGAACCAGCAAAUGGGGUGUGAGUGGUGAUAUCUCAAAGCCUGAUGAAGACAAACUGGUGACAUCGGUGGCAAUCCCAGCGUUUGACUAUAAGUACAAUGAGGAGAACAACGAUGCUCUAUUGCUUGGCGUCGCUGGAACUGAUGUGCCUAUAGACAGCAUCGCCAAACUUGCUAAACCACAUCAGUUGGGUGUGAACGGGUACUCGUUCAUCGUCAGUAACAAUGGCUAUCUGUUGCUGCACCCACUGCUGACGACUACUAUAAACGGCGAUCUCCAGAAGAACUAUAACAGUGUGGACUUCGUGGAGGUGGAGCAGGUGGACGAUGGGAAGGGAACCCGUGACCUUGGGGAUCAGAUCAAGAAUCUGCGGAACUAUCUCGUGGAAGGUGUGGAUGGGAACAUGACACAAGUGCCUGUACUCUACCAUUAUGACAACAUGAGGAGAAUAGCUCGAGUGAGCCACGAUUACUUCUUCAACAAACUGGAAGGAACACCAUUUUCCAUGGGGAUUUCAUUGCCGAAGGGAUAUGGUGACACUGAACUUCUGCUCAAGGAGAAUCCUUUGGAGGCGAAGCAAGGAAAGGAACUGACUGGCAUCAACGUCACUGAUUACUUCAGAUAUAGCUUUAGGGUACAUCCAGAUUGGGUAUACUGCAAAUACCACUACUUAGAAGGUCACGAGUCGUCAAACUCUGAGGAGGAGGCGUGGAAGUUCUUAGUUGGACUGUCCAAGAACGAAAUAGAUAUAACCAAGCAACAAUAUCCAGAAAACGAGAAUAAGACGAAAGCUUUCAGCUUAGACACACAUUGCGGCAUGACCCCUUUGGGAAAAGACGACUACUAUUGUAACGAGGACUUGGUGAAGCAGUUGGUGUUUGAUGCGAAAUUAUCAGCUCCAUACUUUGAGAACUGGAUAGCAACUGAUGAGCAAUGGGACUUGGCUCGCAAGUACAAUGUGAGCGUUCGGUUCAUAGCCACGUCGAGUGGUCUGACCAGGUGGCAUUACGUCUUCGAUACAGACAAGAAUGAAGAAGUUGAUGAUCACGGCAACAGGAGGAAGGAAUAUGAUGGAAACGUUUUUGGAGACAUCUACCACAAUACCAUUGAAGAGACUUGGUACAAGGCAGCAGUGUUACAGCAUAUGAUCAACAAGGAAUCCUUAGUCGUGGCCACACCUCUCCCAGUCCUCGAUGACAUCAUCAAGAACCCUCCGAAAGUCAUUAAUGAAGAUGGAGAUAUAACCCUGACUGCAAGCUACGCGAUCUUCUAUAAGGACGAAACAUCAGAAACACCAGCAUCUGUUGUCGGCUUCCAAUACUCCUAUUUGAAGUUCUAUGAAAGAUUUUUGGAAAUAACCAAUAUUUCUUUGGAUGGUUCUAAGGAUCCAACAUGUGAUCCGAAUUCCGACAAAUACGACUGUUACGUCAUCGACAGUUCUGGGUACAUCGUGCUGACUAAGGAUAAGGAGAUCAUUGGCCAGUUCUUCGGGACAGUUCAGAAACAUGUGUUACAGUCAUUCCUUGAGUUGGGAAUCUACGACCAUGUCGAGGUGUUCAACUACCAGGCUCUCUGCCCACUCUCUGCUUUGAUCAAGAAAAGUAACUCUUGGACCUUGCGCACGCCUUUUAGUUUAGCAUUCAACUUCUUCCACUGGCUGGUGACGGAGGCUCUGCUAUUACUCUCCAACCUGUACAACCCGAGUGACUACGCGCACGCCGCCGUCCUCGACGACCAUGACUAUAUCGAUCUAAUCCACCACGGGUACACAGAGGCGCCCACGACGACCGCAGCACCAAUGCCGGAGAAUGAAACAAUCACACAAAAAGAUGACAAAGAUGAGAGCCCUUUCUCCUGCGACCAUAGUAUCACACUUUUUAUACUGAAUCAGAAAUAUUUCUUGGAUGCCGCGGGAGCUUCACCCGUCGUUCAGAAGGACGAGGCAGGGGACUGUUGGCCGGCGUACUGGGCUGCGUAUGUGCCUAAAACGAAUUUGCUCCUCGUGGUUGUUGAGAAGCAGGAUGAUUUCGCCGCGAACUGUACGGAGCCGCCCGACACGAAGCCGCAGCCGACGCUCAUGUCCACCACCAGCCGGGAGCCCUGCCACAAGCUGGAGCUCGGAGCUCUGCACAGGCGACGACUAGAAGGCUGCUACACUUAUCAUGAUGGGGAGCGGAAUAUCACAGCGUGUGGUAUCGGCAGCAUCGCCGGGCUCGACGUGGCCGUCCUGUUGUUCGCCGCGGUCAUGGCGGUGCUGGCCAAGACCAGCUCGUGACGCGGCGCACCUCAUACAUUUGUACCUUUGUUACUUUGCCAAUAAAACUUGUUGCACCAGUA